CUUAAAUCUAAUUCGAUCAUUUUUCAUUUAAUUUAUUACAAAUAUUUACAGUGCUCUCUAAACGUUAGUUAAAAUAUUAAAGGAAAAAUUCUCAGCUAUUCUCUCUAUCUUACUUAUACGGUAUUCUAGAGCAACAUUAAAUUUAGAAUUCACAAACAUGAAAUGUACUUUGGAAGAAGCCAACGUAUAUUUUCAAGAAUCAAUCCACUUAUUUCAUGAAUUUCAAUGGCUUUUUCAACACCCAGUAAUAGAAAUUCUAAUACAUAAUUAUUUCAAAUCAUUCCCUCAAGAUUGGUUAGAAGCAUUAAAAAAUUUAUCUACUGAGGAAUUAAAUGAUUUUGCCAAUGGAAAAUUAAUGAAAGAUAAUUGGCCAAAAACACUUGAAUUAUUUAUAAAAAAAUGUAAAAAAUUAAAUAAACUACCACCAGCCCCACAAUUAUCCAAUCCUCAACUUCCAAAGUCUUUUCUUAGUGGAUUAAGUCUAAAAAAACAACAUGAGAUCUUUUACCUCUCUCAAGUUGUUCACCAGAAAUGUGUCACAAAUGGUAUUCGAAUCAUCGUUGAUUUUGGAGCUGGUUUAGGCUAUAUUUGUCAAUUAUUAAAUUAUUUAUAUGAUUAUACAGUGAUUGGUUUAGAAUCAAAUGAAAAUAAUGUAAAGAUAGCUAAAAAACGACAAACUGAAUUAUAUUCUCAAUCAAUUGGCUCUGUGAAAUUCAUUCACAUAAAAGUUAAUAAAGACUGUGAAGAUGAAAUUCGAAGCUUCAUAAGAAUAUGUAAAUACUCUCAAUGUAAUUAUAAUUUUUGUUUAAUAGGCUUACAUGCUUGUGCAGAUUUGAGUGUUAAUGCAUGUAAAUUAUUUUCUAAAAUGGAUGAAGCCAAAGUGUUAAUAAUCGUAUCAUGUUGUUAUCACAAACUUCAAAUUGAUGAAAAAAAUAAAUUUAUCAAUUUUCCCCUAUCAAAAAUGUUGAAAAAUAUUUUAGACAAUCAUGAAUCUCACAUUCAAAAGGUUUUUGGCAAAACUUUUUUAAGACUUGCCUGUCAAGAACCGGCAAGUAGAUGGGAAAAUAUGUCAAAAAUAACCCAUGAACACCAUGCUUUUCAUGUUCUUGCUAGAGCAGUAAUUGAAUUAUUUAUUUAUGAGAAUAAUAUAUCAUUGACGAAAUGUGUUCAAAAAGCUACAAGAAAAACUCAAUGCUCAAGUUUUCAUCAGUAUUUAUUAGAUACAUUGAACAGAUACAAAUUUAAUAAUAUAAAGGUAUUUGAUAAUGAGCAAUUAAAAGAAAAACUACUAAGACUCUGGGAAUUGCAUAAAGAUAAAAUGGAAGAUGUUGAAAUUUAUACUGCACUACAAUGUUUACUUCAAAUGUCAGCAGAAUCACUAGUUUUAUAUGAUAGAUGUUGCUGGUUAUUAGAAAAUAACUAUUCUACUGAAAUAGUUACUAUUCUAAACAAUAAAAUAUCUCCUAGAUGUUAUGCAAUUAUUAGUAACAAGAUAAAUUGAUGAUACUGUAUUUAAAUUUAUUUUUUAUUCUUCAUAAAUUAGGAUAAAUUAAAAUUAUUUUGUAUACAUACAUAAAAUAAAUAAUAUAAAACAUCAGUAUGAUAAU